GUGUCGUGGGGGUGAUAAGAUAAGAUACAGAGGUUAAGGAUUCGGGCCUGAAGCUGAGGGCAGUCUUGAGAGGAGCACACUGCCGCCACCACCACUCCCGUCACUACAAUGCUCACCAAAGAAUACCGCAUCAGUCUGCCCCUCUCCGUUGAAGAGUACCACGUGGGGCAGCUGUAUGGCGUGGCGGAGAUGAGCAAGCGGGAGACAGGGGGAGGCGAAGGCGUAGAGGUGGUAACCAAUGAACCUUUUAGAGACCAGCCUCUCUUCCACGGCGCCUACAGCAGCGGCCAGUACACCUACAAGAUAUACUAUCUCAAGAAAAAGGUGCCACUCUUCAUCCGGAUGCUGGCGCCAGAGGAGGCUCUGCAGAUCCACGAGAAGUCCUGGAACGCCUACCCCUACAGCAGGACGGUCUACUCGAAUCCCUUCAUGAAAAGCAACUUCCACUUGGUCAUCGAAAGCCUGCACGUGGACGACGCGGGGACCACAGAAAACAUCCACAGGCUUCCUGCGGAACAGUGGCGGUCUACGAGCGUAGUGCGCGUGGACAUCGUGAAGGACGCGGUCAACCCGACAGACUACCAGCCCGACGAGGACCCCACCAAGGUGACCUCGCACAAGACGGGCCGCGGACCCUUCCAAGGCACACACUGGCUGGAGAAGGUGAAGCCAGUAAUGACGUGCUACAAGCUGGUCACUGCAGACUUCCGCUGGUUCGGGCUGCAGGCGAGGGUGGAGAGGCACAUUCAUGACUUCGAGAGGCGAUUAUUCCUAAAAUUCCACAGGCAGGUGGUGUGUUGGCUGGACCAGUGGUACGGCCUCACCCUUGAUGACAUCAGGAAGUUGGAGGACGACACUCAGGAGGCUCUACAGAGGCAAAUUGAGUCCGGAGAGGUGCAGGGGACUGUGGUCACGUAGGAAAGGCGAGGUGAGGCAUGGAAGACAUUUAUUGGUUGUAGCGAGAGAGCAGCGGUGUAGACAUGGGUCAGAACAUACUCUUGACAGCAAGCUUGGAGUGUCUCAGAGAGUGGACGGGAUGGGCCGGGAAAGGACGGAACGAAACGGCAAGAGUCAAGCAGCAAUUUUUUUUUUUUUAUUGUGACCGCGAAGUGUUGUCAUAAUUAGAAUAAAAUACAUCUAUAUAUUACGAAUAAA